AUGAAAAUCGUAUUAGUCGUUGCCACUAUCAGCGGUUUCGUGUUAGUUUUGCUCUUGAUGUACGGGGCGUACGUGCACUUUGGCGAUCUGAUCCUCACUUCUAAGUGCGUGUGUUUGACGAUGUGUGUGAGUCAGUUUGUCAUGCAAACAGUCAUCUGUUUAGUGAAGUACGAGACUCUGCAACAUGUAGUCGACGAACUUAUGACUUAUGUCAAACAAGCGCAGCAAUAUGAAAGGGAUAUUUUCUGCUCGUACAUAGACAAAUAUAAUAGGUUUUAUGGCGGAUAUAUGGUCGUCGUGUAUACAACACUGAUUGCUUUUCUGCUGGGACCUUUGGUCGUGCCAGUUCCAUUUCCAUUGGACGCGGAAUAUCCAUUCAGUUUUAAUUAUACACCAGUGUAUGUUAUCUUAUAUUUUCAUCAAGCUUUCAUUUGCUUUCAAUGUGCUGGACAUACAUGCAUAAGCUUGUUUGCAGCGCUUCUACUUUUCUUCACGGUCGCGAGAUUCGAAUGUCUGGCUAUGGAGUUCGAAAAGAGUACGAAUAUUGAUAUGCUGAUAGUUUGUAUCAAGAAACAGUUGUAUUUGACGAGAUACGCGGAAGAUGUGAUCAGCUGCUUCCGUUUUGUGGUAUUUUACGCUAUAAUAGUAAGCACGUCCUCGUUAACUCUUUGUGGCAUUAUAUUUCUUAUGUAUAAUUUACGCAAACAGAAUCUGUCAGUGACUGUGAAGAUGCAAUUCGUAACCAUAUGUAUGACAGGACUCGUGGAAAUGUACUUGUUCGCUUGGCCAGCCGAUCACGUUAAAAAUAUGAGCGAGAGGGUUUCGCGAAGUGGGUACAACGGGAAAUGGUACGAAACGACGUUAGAAAUGCAGAAGUGUUUACUGAACGUGUUAGUAUAUCAAGAACCGGUCAUUUUUUCGAUCAAUUGUGUAGUGCCAGAGUUUUCGUUGCCAUACUAUUGUUCGAGAAAGUAAUCAGCAUUACCUGGUUUUCCGUGGCGUUUAGUUUCUGCUGGCCACUUCCACCGAACAGCAGCAGAUAUCAAAUUCUCGGCUACAAAGUGGUGCAAAUCUUUUCAAUCGUCAACGUCACCUUGCUACUACUGCCUUGUUUGUACGCCAUUUAUCUGCGAUCGGAUGACAUCGAGAUUGUUUCAAAGUGUAUCGGCCAUGCGCUAUGCCAGAUUCAAUGUAUCAUUCAAACAUUUAUAUGCUUUUGCAAGCACGACACUCUGCAAAGGGAAUUGCAGCGCAUAGUCGAAGAGCUUUUUACUUGCGUCAGAGAGGCACAACAACACGAGAGAGAGAUCUUUUGCAUAUACAUUGCUAGACGAAGCCAUUUGUACGGAACUUACAUCGCGUAUGUGUACAUAACGACGAUUAUUUACUUGUGGGGACCCCUGUUCUCCCCAAUUAUUUACGUAAUUUACGCGGAAUAUCCGUUUGACGUUAAUCACACGUCGAUGAGCGUUGUGGUACGUGUGCAUCAAAUGAUCGUCUGCCAUCAAUGCUGCGCUCAUGUAUGUGUAAGCGUGUUCGGAGCUCUUCUAAUUUGGUUCACGGCAGCGAGAUUCGAAUGUUUGGGCGUGGAGGUGCAGAGAUGCACGGAUUUUCGCAUGCUGGCUGUUUGCAUUGAGAAAGAAUUACGUUUAAAAAGAAAUCUCCGUUACUGGUGAAAUUACCGUUCGCAGUCAUCGCUGUAGUCUUUCUCAUAUAUCUUUACAUGUACGCGUGGCCAGCCGAUCAUAUGAAAGACAUGGUAGAAUACAGCCUAAGCGUUUCACGUAGCGUAUACGAGUUAAAGUGGUACGACGAGAUGGUGGCGAUGCAAAAGAAUCUGCUGAAGGUGUUGGUAUGUCAAAGCCCCGUAAAACUUUAUAUCAGUUUUCUAGUACCGGAGCUGUCUUUAAAUUAUUACUGUACGGUAAGCCGAGUCAGCAAUCAAAUUUCAAUUGAAUGAUUUUUUUAAAGAAUAAGAAGUACUUUCCAGUAAUUCAGUAUCAAUUUGAUCAAAGUGAUCGACGUUUUUUUUGUAGAGUUUUUAUAGAUUUGCUGUAGCGCAUUUUAACCCGUUCAAUGUGGGACGAUUUUUAAAAAUCCAUUUAAUAAAAGUUGAAGAAAAAAAAAUUUUUUUUUUUUUUCAAUGUAUUUCGAGAUGAUUGAUGUGUAAUGAUAUUUGAUCACCAUCAUUUAAUGAAAAAUAAUUUUAAAAAUAAUGAUGGCGAUACACGUAUAACCCGCAUAUUAAAGAGCUGUAUAAACUGUAUAAAGUUAAUGUAUAUUCAGUUAAAUGUAUAAGUUUAAGUGUUCUUUAUUUUAUUAUAAAUUUUGUUAUAAAUCGUUUCUUGCACGUUGGUUUCUUUAAAAUAAAUUUCGUACUUUAGCCAGCGUUAAAUAAAUUAAUUAUAACAUCUAUCUACAACUUUGCUUUUUCUUUGCAAUUUUGAUAUUGGAGAUAUUCUUAUUGCUGCAAAUCAUUCAAUUGUUGUUAAUAAAUCUACCGAAGAUUGUAACGGAUUGGUAACUUUUCAGUAUGUGUCGAAUGCUCUGUCGAUGUGUACCGCUCUACGUGCUAUUCUAAAUAAGAAUAUAGCUGUAUAGAAACUAUCCUAAAUAUCCUAGUCGUACUUAGAAAAUAAAAAAGUUAUUGUUGUGAUAAAUAAACUUGUUAAUUGUAGAUGUAUUUUUGGUGAAAAUAAAGAAAUUAGAAAUCUACUUAUUGGAACAAAAUUUUGGUACACGGAUAAUUAUUAAGCCGAAAUAAAGGAAACGAAGUAAAUUCGUCCUUGGAUGUUACACAGAUAAACGUAUGUAGGUGACAUGAACAUAUAAAAUCGUGUAAUCCCUACGAUAUAAUACGGUAUACUUUGCAAAUAUAUUUUAUAAGAUUUUAUAACAUAUAUUUGCAAGGUAUAUCAUAUAUACUAUGAAAUGUUAUAACAUAUAUUUAUAACAUUUCAUAAGCUAUAACAUUUUAUAAGCUAAAUAUAUUUGCAUAGAUUUAUGAAAGAUUUAUGUCAAUACCGACACUUUUUUAUUUUAUUCUUCUUUUUUCACUUUUCUUUACUUUUUUUUUCUCCUCUUUUGUAUAAAUUUUUCUUUGCUUUUUUUUACGAAUAUAUUCACCAUCAUAUGACAUAUUGUGAAAGCAAAUGAUUGGUUCACUUACAGUAUAAUCUCUACUAAUUCUAAUUAUAAACUGAAAUCAAUUUACAUUCAUUUGUCUUUUUCCUGUAUUGAAAUCCGUUGUUGUGAUUAUUCUACAUGUAGUAGAACCAAAAAACAAGAAAGUUAUCUUACCACUUCUUUUUAGAAAUAAUGUUACCCUUCGUUAAGGGUAACUUCCAUCGAUCAAUUUUUUGGAAAUAAUUUGACUUUCAUGGUGAAAGGUACAAUACGCACACUCGAAGCUCUUCACGAGCUUAAACUGAUUGUUUAAUAUAAUGCUUUCGACGAGAAAAAUCAGCGUGUGAAAUACACUUCUCGAAGAUCGAAGACAAACGUCGUUACGCGAAGGUUAAAACCGAUUGAAGCGUAUGCAACAGCGUAUGAAAAACAAUUAUCGCGAGUAUGAUACUGAACGCUACGUGUAGAACAAUUUUGGAUGCUUCCCACUGUAUCGAACCUUUAUAUAUUGAUUUUGACGCAUAAUAAUCAAGUUUCGCGUAUGUCUAUCCGUAGACCGUAUCCCACCAACGAGUGAAAUACUUGUAUGAAGUACUCUACAGUUAUUAUUGUCGAGUGAAUUUUUAAAACGAGAAACCAUAUUUAACCAUAUUAACUGAUAGAUACGUUAUUGUUUAUCAUUUCGGUGGGCACUUGCGCUAGUAAAUUUUCUGAUAUCUUGUAUAUAUAGUGUCGCACUUUUCAUGGUGCAACUAGGAAACUGGUGGUUCUACGUGUGAAAAUAAAGUAGGAGGGAUGAAAGCAUAAUAUUUUCUUAUUUAACACUGUUGCUUUCGUUUGGUCAUUUUUCACUUUGUUUGCAUUUUUUUAACUCCUUGAAAGAUUUCUCGUGUUCGUACGACUUUUCAGACGUUAGUUAGAUUCUGAAGAUAUUAUCAGUUUACUCCAGCUUUUAAAAUGCAAGCAAGAUUGAGAACUACAAGAAUUUGAGGAUCAUGGCAAUGUUAAGACUCCGUCGUCGAGAAAAUAGAGUUUAAAAAUAUGUGAAAUGUGGUUGAAUUGUAUUUUUGUGAACGAAAAAUGAACGAUCGACACCCAAAAAUAUUUUUUUAAUAUAAUUUUUCUAUCCAACGCUAAAAGUGCAACUUGAAAAUUGUAUAGUUGAAUUCGGUUAAUUUCGUACUGGACAAAACUGAACAAUUGUCACUCGAUAUUAUAAAUGCAAAUGUAAAUGAAAAAUACAGUAAGUGAAUAAAAUUUUUUUAACUAGACUUUAAAUAAAUUUUGUUAAAAAUUGGUAUACUUGAUAAAAAUUAAUAUUCUCAGGGACAAAGCAUUCUUUGAAAAAAUUUUAUUCCAUAUUUUUCUACUUCAUCUUUUCUACUAGAAUCAACCAGUAUUCCAUUAUCAUGAAAAUUGGAACACCUUGUAUAAUAUAACGAAUUAA